GAUGACAAAUCGGGUAAAAACACGAACGGAAUUCACAACAUGGGAUUGAAUGGAGAUGCAUCAAGAGAAGAUGAUCUAACGAUGAGUCCAAGAAUAGGAUGUUGUUUAUGUAGGCAUCGAAGCUUAGAAAUUUCACGUUUACCUUCUAAUUCAAUGCCUUCUACGUCAAGAAACAAUACAAUCAACGACACAAAGAUGAACAAACAAAAGAGAAGCAGGAGCGUGGGAAGCUCUGAUAAUUUUAUUCCUACUCCUUCUUCAUUGAAUAGUAGUAUUAGUGGAAAUUUGACAAUGCCUUCUCGUAUGCAGUCAAGAAAUGGUAGCUCUCGUAGAAGUGGAACUCCAAUAAUGUACUCUAAUUCAUCUGGGAGGUUAAAACCUCCACCAAUUGAGAAAAAUAUUGAAUGUACCCUUGAUGAAUUGUGUCAUGGUUGCAAGAAAACGGUCAUGAUUACAAGAGAUGUCCUCACAGAUAUCGGGGGUGUAGUUCAAGAGGAGGAACUAUUAACAAUAAAUGUACAACCAGGAUGGAAGAAAGGAACAAAGAUUAAAUUUGAAGGAAAAGGGAAUGAGAGACCUAAUUAUGCAUACUCAGAAGACAUAAUAUUUUAUAUAUCUGAGAAAAGACAUCAAUUAUUUAAAAGAGAAGGGGAUGACUUGGAAUUAUGUGUUGAAAUUCCCUUGCUAAAGGCACUUACAGGAUGUACAAUAUCAGUUCCAUUGCUGGGUGGAGAGCAUAUGGAUUUGACACUAGAUGAGAUCAUAUACCCCGGCUAUCAGAAGAUUAUUACUGACCAAGGUAUGCCAAUUUCAACAGAACCAGAGAAGAGAGGAAACUUAAGAAUUACAUUUCUUGUUGAGUUUCCAACACAUCUCACAGAUAAUCAAAGAUCUGAUGUUUUUGGUAUUUUACAGAAUUCUUGUUAGUUAACUGAAAGCAUUUUUUUUAUUUGUGAUGCCCUCUUUAUUGUUGAAUAGAGUAAACUUCUCAAAACUUUUGGAGGAUCAUAAACUGCAAAAGUAAAACAAAGCUUUCUAGUUAGGAAAGUAAAAAAUUUAUGUUGAAACUUGAAACCAGAUUUUUUAUAAAAGGUCUGCAACCGUGAUUUGAAACGCAACAUCGAGUUUUUUAUGGUUCCACGACCACAACACGACUGAUGUAUAAUGUGCAUCGGUCAAAUUUAAGCGCAAUACCACAUUAUUUCAAUUUCGACUUCAAAUAUAACGUGGUAUAUAACUUUGUUCUUUAUCGCGGUUUUACUGGAAAUGCAUAAAUAAGCUAUAUAUAUUGGUUUACUGAGCAGGACUAAGAACUACUUGC